AUGGAAGUACAAGCUGAAAUCCAUUCGUUACCAAGCGAGAGAAAAUCUUUGCUACAGUCAACAAGUCACUCUACUAUCCCUUACGACAGGAUCGUGAAUUCGAUGCGCCAAGCCCGAAAAAACAGAGAUCUACUAAAGCUGGCUGAACAAAUCGAAGUACUUGACGACCAGGGAGCAUUGAGACCAGAAAUUCACAAGGUAGAAAAUCAUUGCAUGGCAUUAGUCUGAUUAACUAGGAAGGGCGGGUAUUUUUUAAUCGGGUUACAAGUUAGCCUAUUCCAGACUCCGAGAUAAUUGGGUCCGCUGAUUUGAGAAAGCGCAAACGUUAAAAUAAAUAAAUAAAUAAAUAAAUAAAUAAAACUGUUCGCGUGCCCUUCACUCUCGUGCCAUCCCUACUAUCCGAGAGCCUGGAACAGGCUAGGUACAAGUAGGCGAGAGAGGACUGGGAUAUGGAACGGAAGUUAAUGUGCUUACUAAGGCAAUUAUUACCCUGUGGGACCACUUUCCAUGAUAAGUCAUUGUCGCAUUGUUUUCGUUAACCAGUUUAUUUUCGACACAUUUAACAGCGUCACGCUGGCAAAAUGUACGCUCCUUUCCGUGUAUAUGAAUAUAAACAGUGUUCGAUGUAAGAUGCAUGAAAAAAUUCUUAAUUUCAUUAAAAUAUCUGAAAUAUUCUUUAAUGGUCUAUACCUUUUAACUAGAAGAGUAAACUCAGCUGAGGAGGUUCACUUACUCGUUCAAUUCUUUUCUUUUUACAGGGCAGGAGUGUACUUCCGUCUGCGUUGAGGAAUCUUUUCAACCGACUAACAAGUCUUUUCAAGAAGAACUCGCGCGUAAAUUCUCACUGUCAUUCAAGGAGACGGAAAAAUUAUAUGUAG